AUGCUAAAAAUUAUAAUUAUAGCUAAUGUGCUGCAGAUGCGUGCAGUAUUAUAUAAUGAAGAGAAUGAAGAUUUGCAGGCAGAAAAAGCAGUAUUUGGUUGGAGACGGUUUGUUCCAAGGAUUGUGAGAGGAGCCUUUUCUUUUUUAAAACGGCCAGUUGGCAAUUCAGAGGGCGAUUCUGUAGAGGCACUUGGCAUGCGCCAGGAUAUAAGCACUGCGUGUGAAAAGCCCAGUGCAGAAGAAAGCAAAGGCAUAGGGCUAGAGUAUAUGAAAGAGUUCAUUGUUAAGCACAACCGAGGCGGGAACCUGCAGGAAGAAGGCCUUUUGCUGCAAUGCGAUCCGCUAAUUAAUAAAGACAUGGAGGAGAAUAUAUAUGAAAGCAGCAGCAGUGAACUGGAGCAGGUGGAUAAGCUAUGCGAGAGAAAGAACAAACAGUUUUGGUAUACCUUCAAUGGGAUAACUGUCUUCAACAAGCCGUACAUAUACGAUAUAUGCGUAGAUGGAACUGCAUGUGAAAUACUUAAUAACAAGGACCAUGAGAAGCCAAGAAGUACAAUGCCCCACAGAAAUAUCUUUACGGAGACAAAGCAUCUUUUUUCUCUUUGGAGGCCUGAAAUGACCAACAUAUUCUACUGCGGAGUGGUUCUAGUGAGUAUAUUCAGUACGUACUAUCUUGACAAGCUUGAUGUUUCUGCAUCGUCAAAAGAGCUCAUUAGAAAGACGCUGAGUUCUAUAAUUCAGUCUUUCAGGGCAUAUCUUGGAAAUAGCACAUGUAAACUUGUUUUAAACAAUGAAGAAAUAUCGAAAUACAUUGAGAUAACUAGGAAGGAGAUUCUUUCAGGCAAGAACUUCAUCUUUCCUUCUCUUAUAGAUGUAAAUCAGCUAAUAGAAAAAGAGAAGCUCGUGUUUGAGACAGUCUUCAGCCUAGGAAUACGAGGAAGCGAGCUGCCUAAGUACGUAUAUGACUUAGCCAAUAUUUGUAUAGGGCAAGCAGGCCUUCCAAAUGAUCCUAAAUAUGACGCACUCAGUCGACUAAUAAAAAUGCACAUGUACAUUUACUCCUACGAGGGAAUGGUGUCUCUUCUCUGCAGGCCCAAUAUCAAGGACAUAGCAGCCGAGCACUUAGAGGAAGUGUUCAAACUAUAUGGGGGUGAAAUACUCCACAUAAUUCUAGCAGUGCGGCAAUACUUCUCAGAAGCUGCUCUUCUUUAUGCACGUGCUUAA